CCGCCCAUUAGGGAACGAUGGGUGAUCGUGUGAAGGUGGUUCCCGCGGGCGUGAAGUGGGCGGCCUACAAACACCCACAAAAAAGACUUGAGGAGGAGAGGGAAAUUUUUUAAGAAGAAAUGGCCGACUGGAGAAUUUUGUUCCCCUGGUCCUGUUGUAUGUCUGUCUAUCCUAAUAUUAGUGUUGGGGGAUGGAGCCAUGGCCAGGCCCUUGGGAUCACCUGUACCAAUCAUCAGGUCUGGACACCUGAUGUGCUUAUAUUUAAUCUCAGACUGCAGUACCACCUGAGUCUGUUAAAAGAUGGAAGGUGCAGAGGCAGAUGAUAUUGGGGCUUCGUUCCUGUCUAAUGAACAGUACAUGGUGGAGGGUCACAGUGUUCAUGGCCAUCAACACGAAGACGAAGAUAAAGACGACGUCCCUCACCUACUGCGGGAACAAGAUCGUUUUUUACCCAUAGCGAACGUUGCCCGGAUAAUGAAGAAGGGGAUUCCGAAGACUGGCAAGGUAGGAUACAACAAGAUUGCCAAAGAUGCUCGUGAAUGUGUACAGGAGUGUGUUAGUGAGUUCAUCAGUUUUGUAACAAGUGAAGCAUCUGACCGCUGCCACCAGGAGAAGAGAAAGACCAUCAAUGGUGAAGACAUCUUGUGGGCCAUGAAUGCAUUAGGAUUUGAAAACUACGUGGAGCCACUAAAAAUCUACCUCCAAAAAUUCCGUGAGUCUACCAAAGGAGACAAACCAAGUGAAGGAGCUCUGGAAGGGACCUUCGAUGUGGACUAUACAAAUAACAUGACCACCUUCUCAACAGACCACGUCAAUCAGUCCGAAAUUGUGUGUACAUAUGGUCCGGCGGGUCAGGUCACUCAGCAGUUUACUUUAGGUUGAAAUUGUGUUCUUUAGUGCGUGUAUGUGUGUGUGCGUGCGUGUGUGUGUGUGUGUUUUGUUUUGAAUUUUUAUGCAAAUUGUUCGUGGGACAGAACAUGGAGAAAGUGUGGAAGAACACGAUCUGUUCUAAAUAUGCAGUUGUAUAAUCACGUAUACCGGUAAAAUAGGAGAUGUUUUAAGUUUUGUUAAAGCGUACUACUGUACUUGUGUGUAUGGUGUGCUGUUCUGCCCUCACAUUCUAACAUUGUCAGCACAAAGUGUGAGUUAUGCCUUUGUUGGGAAGUAGUUGCGUAUUCAAUUUUAUUUAUUUUUUCUAAAGACAGUAGUUUUGAUGAUAAGCAAAUGUUCCUUAAAAUUUUUAAUUAAAAGCUCAGGGACUUUUCUGUACUUACCUUGGCUCUGUAUUAUAGCUGUCAUCCUCCUAAGAUUUUUAAAAAUAAUAUAAUUUACAUAAAAGUAUAUAUCACUUGGUGAUAUUUUGUUGACUAGCUGCACUUUAUCAAAUUAAUAUGGAAAAGUUUGGCAGUGAUCAGGGAAUGAGUGUUGGUGUUUGGAUGAAAGGUUUGUGGCACCAUAGCACUGUGGAUUCCUGGCUUACAAGACUGAUCAUCCCACGGCCAGACAGUGUAGCUCUGCUCUGGCAUAUUGUAUGCUGUAAUAACCAUUCCCUAGGUCCAAUUUCAGUAUUCUGGGUUUAGCUCAACUGGCCACUUACACCAGGUCCAGUACUCUGGGUUAAGCUGAACUGGCCACUCACACCAGGUCCAGUACUCUGGGUUAAGCUGACCGGGCCACUCACACCAGGUCCAGGUUCAGUACUCUGGGUUAAGCUGAACUGGCCACUCACACCAGGUUCAGUACUCUGGGUUAAGCUGACCGGGCCACUCCUAAGGUUCAGUAUAGUACGUACUCUGGGUUAAGCCACCAACCCCCUAUAAAUUGUUGUAAAUGUCAUAAAAAAUGUUUAGAUGAAUCACAGGUGGAUAAAAAUUUUGGUCGCCUUGGAUUGUAAGAAAAGGAGAUUUUUUCACAAAAGCAAAGUUAUCCCAAUAUGUUCUUCCUUUGUGUGUGUGUUUUUUUUUUUUUAAUUGGACAUGAUCAUAUAGGGUUAAUGUUACAUCUACAAACAAUUAGGUACUGUACUGUAUUUCAUAUUUAUAACAGGAUUUCAAAUUGUUCUCAUAUGCAUAGAGCUCUCAGUCAUUUCAAGUCUCUGUGCUGUAUCCCUUCUAUACUUAAGAACACACCACCUACUGAAGUACUGUAGCCAAAGAGGUUGCAGGUAACUAACAUUAUUUUUUAAAUCGGAUCACCACUAAACUAGACACUUUAAUUGUAAAAGAAAUGUGCCUUUUUCAAAAAACUGUUUGCUUUAUGGGGAUAUUACACCAUUUAAUAUUUUUUAUUUUAUUAUUUGUGUAAUAAAAUUGAGUGCAUACAUGUACAGUUUAAGUUAAGUAAAGUAAUGUGUAUGAAGAAAUAUGACAUCUAUCGAUUACAGUAACAAAUGAAGCGUUCAACUUUGGAUACCACGACAGCUUGUGACUAGAGAACUUUAAUCUUUGCUGGAAUGUAAUAGAAAUAAUUUAUAUACUAAGGGACACCUGUAAUUUAUGAGCAACCUGUUGACAUCUGUAACCAUUCUUGAAAAUUUGAAAACAUCAAACCAGAAUAUUCUUGCAUUCCACAGCAUUUGCAUAAUGUUAUAAAUUCAUUAAUUGCUUCAUAUCUGUAAGAUUUCAGAAACUAUUUUUUCUGUAUUUUAAAUAUUAUUCAAAAUCAUAUAUAAUUCAAUAAAAAGUUGAUAAUA